GCAAUACUUACUUCUCUUUCCUGUAAACAUCUUCGCAAUGUUGUUUUGAUUUUUUUUGUGUCACUUUGUGUCUAAUGUUGUAGUCUUUACCAACAUUUUGUGUUAUCCCUAAUACUUUAAUCAAUUUUCGUCUUAAAAUGGAAAAUCUGAAGCAUAUUGAGCGGUCAACUAAUCAAUCUAUAAUCAGUUCUAACCAAAUGAAGGACAUGGUUGUUUCAAAUCCAAAACGAAAAGCGAAGAAAAUAUUAUCAGAAGAAGAUUAUACAGAACAAAUGGAAAAGAUUAUCACGCGUGACUUCUUUCCUGAUCUUCCUAAAUUGAAAGCACAGAAUGCAUAUUUGGAUGCCAUGGAGAAAGGAGAUAUCGCCAGAAUUCAAGAAAUACAACUGGCAUACAGACUGACAGAUAGUACACGCUCUAAAAUACAGUCAGAGAGAAGUGCAGUUUUCACUCCUUCCACAUUUGAGACACCUGAAAUAAAGCCAAUAGAUUCGCCUUCAAGAGCAGAAUCAGAAAUAAAUCUUCCUAUAUCAACAGAGAAGCCAGAAAAAUGCCAAGCCAGUCUAGAUAAAUUUUUGGGUGAAACAACAAGUGAAGACAACGCCUCCUUUCAACAACUGAUGGAGCGUUCAGAUGAAGCUCACCGACAGAAGUACCCAUGGCUUUACAAAGAUGAGAAAGAAGAAAGCAAGAAAGUGACAAAUAUGCUGGCUCUACCCAGUUCAGAACCAGAAUUCAAAAAACCAGAACUAGUGACAUGGGCCUAUAAAAACAAGAAUGCUCUUAUGUAUAUUCCUGAUGGUGUUGAGCUUACAGCAGAAGAGCGUCUAGCUGUGGGACAGAAGGAGAUCAACCACUCAGGUACUCGAUUCGAAGGAGGUGCUCCCUUUGCAGCAGAGGCCCAUAAGGAGGCACUUGCAGAGGCUGCUGCUCACCAGGCCAAAAUGAAAGAGGGAAAAGUGGGCAUUGAUGGGAAGGAGAUCUUGCCUAAUGAAUCCCCACAGGUUAACGGAUAUGGAUUUGUUGGCACACCUUUGCCAGAACCAGGUGUGAAUGAGACGCCUCUUCUUACCUGGGGUGAAAUCGAGGGUACACCAUUUCGCCUAGAUGGCGGAGACACUCCUCUACCCCAGACUCCUGGCGGACAACAGUUCAAAAUUCCACAGCCCUCUGUGAGAGAGAGGAUAGCCCACUCACUUGCUGACAAAGCAGCAAAAAAACACAGAAAACCAAUUGCCUCCCAGAAACCGUCCAUGCGUCUAUCUGGUUCUAUGACACCGCAAGAGCGUCUCCAGAGCAUGUCUCCUGCUGCCCAGAGGCUGGCCUGUACAAAAUUAGGCAUACAAAGAAACUCUGACUUAGCACUGAGGGCUAGCUAUUCCCCUUCUCCUCUCCGCACCCCCAAAACGCCCUUGGGCCUUGCAACUCCAUCUCCUGUACCAUCCCCCAAAAAUCAGCCCAAACGACUCAAGGCCAGCGAUUUUUUUUAGAUGAUUCAUCCAUGUAAAAUUUGUAAAUAUGUAUUAUAUUAAAGAAUUAUCUGUGGAUUAAAUGGAUUUAUCUUA